UCUCUCUCUCUCUCUCUCCAGUUUCCACAACACCCAUCUCUCUCUCUCUCUCUUAUCGUUCUAGCUAAAUAUCCGCUCUCCCCCUUAUCCAUUACCUGAUCCAAUUAUUCAAUCUGAACUUCCACGAGAAAAUGAAGGAAAACUUGGGAAACCCUUUGCACCUAACGUCUUUGAAUCACAUCUCGCUUAUUUGCAAAUCAGUUGAACAAUCAAUUGGUUUUUACACGAAUGUUCUUGGGUUCGUCCCGAUCAGGAGGCCUGACUCAUUUGAUUUUGAUGGAGCGUGGCUGUUCAGUUAUGGAAUUGGAAUACAUCUUUUACAGUCGGAAGACCCAGAAAUUAUGCCAAAGAAAAGAGAAAUCAAUCCCAAGGACAAUCAUAUUUCUUUCCAGUGUGAGAGCAUGGGAGCAGUGGAGAAGAAGCUGAAGGAAAUGGGGAUCGAGUACAUGAGACAGCAGGUGGAGGAAGGAGGGAUUUACGUCGACCAGCUCUUCUUCCAUGACCCCGACGGAUUCAUGAUCGAGAUUUGCAACUGCGAUAACCUCCCCAUUAUCCCACUCGCCGGAGAAAUGGCCCGGUCCUGCUCGCGCGUGAAUCUCCAGAAGGUGCAGCAUCAGCAACAGAUACAAGUCGUCCUGCCGUAAGACCCCUGAGCUCAUCACCGGUACUGAGCUCUCCGAAUGAUGGAUAAAUUAUCCAACUGGAUAAUUUUUCUUGAUCAUGAGCUAUAUUAAUUUGUGUUUGGGCAACUUUAUUCCGUUUGUUGGUUUGUUUGUUUCGUUUUCCACAGUAGGUAGGAAGGUGAUGUAAUAAGUAAGAACUGGGUGAUGAACCAAAUGAGAGGUGCUCGUUUGGGAUACCUCCACUGUUUUGGAAUCUCAUGAGCUUGGCUUAAUGCAAAAAUUGUGAUUUUCCUCCUCCA